GAACCAACAAAACUAUGUAAACCAAUAAUUUUAUCCAUAGCUCCCCACCCCUCCCUAAAUGUUUUUAUUGGCUCGAGAACGCAAAGAACUUUGGGUAAAACUCCAGUUACCAAGGCGAUACAAGAUGGCGAACGGAUUGAUCCGAAGUUCAAGAAAAACUCCAACAAAGUUCGAUUUACACGGAUAUCAACCUACAUUCGAAAACGAUGGAACUCCUUGCUGUUUAAAUUGGACUGUAGAAGAUGUAGCUGAUUGGAUUGAGUACUUGGGAUUCAACCAAUAUCGAAGGCCAUUUGCGGAUAACCUUAUUAAUGGACGAAAACUCAUUGAAAUAGAUGCAUCAGCGUUGCCAAAAAUUGGAAUAAACGACUUUGAACACAUCAAGUUCAUUGCAAGGAAGAUAAGGGAAGCCCUUGGACUAGAGGAACCUUUCUGGAAUAGAAGCAUUUCAUUACGUCACAGAGAGUUGCUUGCRUUAUUUCUGGAAAGGAAGAGUAAAACUGGGGUGGAAACAGAUGCUUUAACUUUAGAGGACUUUAUUCAUGAGUUGGAAAGACAAGAAAGAUCCAAAAGAAGAGACAGUAAACAAAUUAAUAGGAGAUAGUGACAAGCAUUGAAGAAAUCAAUGAACAGGUCAGUUGUGUUAAUUUGAACACCAGUAAUGAAACCAGAACCUCAAUAUAACUAACAAGAUUUAUAUGGGAAAACUAGCUUGACAGUAAAAGCUUAAGUCAUGUCAUUUUGAAAGCUGAAACUUCAUCUACCUAAUUUAUAUAAGGCAUUCAUUUCAUGUCUGGUGUUCAGUUUAACAUCACUGCUUGUCUUAAGGUGGUAGGAUCAUGUGAGCUGUUAGUACCAAUGGUCAAUAUUAUAAUCCUUUUGUAACAAAAUCCUUGUUUCUAAUAACCACUUACAAUAAGAAUAAUCUUACAUUAAAUCCUAACGAUUUGUUUAUCAACCAACUCUCAAUCAUCAUAAAAUUUUAUUUUGUAGAAAAUGGUCUUAUAAAGCCUUACAUCUUGUUCUAGAUAGUUCAAUGAGAAAUUAAAUAAACACAUACUAUUUCAUUUGUUUUCAGCUUUAAGCUUCUUGAUAUACAAUCUUCCAACAGUGCAUAUCAAAAGGAAUGUAAUAAACAGGCUAUUCCUACUAAAAUAGGUCAUAUUGAAACAUGUUUGAGUAACCACAGUUUCUGAUAGAUCUUCCUGGCACACAUAAACCAGUAAAGGUGGAAAUUAAUAGCUUUAACUGAAUAAACAUUUCAAUAGACUA